GGUCAGGGGUUGUGGCCAAACUGCGUUCAGAGGCGCCUGGCAUUUGGUUCUGAGCUGAAAAGCAGGUGAUCGUUUGAGCUGGAGGGCGACCGGGACACCCGUGUCAGGCACCUUCGAGAGUUGGCGCUGAAGGAUUGAGGAGGUCAAAGCUGUAGCUUCCCAGCUGUUUUCAAGGCUGAGUUUGACUUGUAUAAGCAUGUGAUCCAGCGCCCAAGCAAAGCGUGGAAGGAGGAGAGCUUGAAAGGAGGCUGCAGAUUUCAGAUCAGCGUUUGGAAGCUAGAGUAAAUUACACAGCAGUCUCAAACUUCCAGAAAAGCCUCAAGCAGAGUCAUAAGCCGAAUUGAGUUACAGUAGUGGCAACCAGCAAGAAAGCUGUGGCCAAUCGUUUUUCGAACAGCAGUCACCCAUGAGUUGACUGCCUGUCAAUCUGCUACACCUCACUUAAAAAGCCAUCGAGCAACAUUGAAUAGAACCACACCUCACCCAAGAGUGUAUAGGAGACUCAGUCAGGAUGGUGGAGGAGGCGAUCAUGACGGGGGAUGACCUCAUGGUCGGGCCCCCUGCCCCGCUCCUCCCUGCUGACCUGGCGCCGCAGAUCUUGGAAGGAGUGGACGUGUGCCAGAGACCACUGCGACGACUCUACAAGUGCCUCUACGAGAACGCAGAUGCCGAACCGUUCUGUCAGAACGAGAUCCUGCUAUCCGGGCGGUGCUUUCAAAAGAGAGAUGAAGAGCUGCGCUCGCGGCUCCUUCGAGAAGAGUCGAAGCUUGCCAGAACGUUACCUGGACCCGAACUAGAGAGGCGGCAAGGGGACCUCUUAGCCGCUGCAGAGCUGCUGCAACGACGGUUGAUACUGGCAAGUGGCAUCGACGGGAUAGAGGGCUUCCGCCAGCGGUGGAAGCUGAACGGACAGCUGACAGACGUCCGGAGUCGUUUGGAGCGCCUGGGAGUAAGCAGCAUACCACCACCUAGCUUGGAAGCUGAAGCAGGUUCGUAGUCUCGAUAAGUACGGACUUAGCUUAAACCUAGGCAGCCCGUUGCGCGAGGGGGAAUAUGUCAGAGCUUAUUUACCGACAGGAGAAAGAGUAAUCUGGAAAGAGAGGCAUAUAUAUCUCGAUGUUUACCGCUCUCGAACCGGACUCGAAAGCGGUUUAGGAGUCAAGUGUGCAGGCUUGCUUAGCUUCGCUACAAAGCAAUCGCUUGUUUUCAAACUCUUGACUGUACGUAAGCUGGCGGCGGCGUGCAUACUGGAUUAAGUUGAUGAAGCUGGCUCUUGGAGGUUAGUACGUGACUAUAGUUACAGGCCGCGCCAGGCUCAUGCAUUUGCGUUCCCAUGGCCGGUUGACGCAAUCCUAGGCAUCC